AUGGAAAGUGCUCUCCCAGUCCAGGAAGCUCGCCCAGAGUCUUUGCUCGCAAGACUUCUGAGCCAGCCAGUUUCCCCGCCGCGGCCAGUGCGCCGUAUAAUUGUUCCAGAGUCAGAUGGUAGUCGUCCUGUGCGUAUUACGCCAGUGGUCAACAACUACUUCCCACCGCACGACGCCUCCUUCAACUACAAUGAAUGGACUAAAUUCGAAAUCAACGAGUUUCUCGAUCAGCUUAUCCACGAUAAGAUGCUCGUCCAUGCGAUCAUGUGUCAUGGUAUCACUGGAUCCGCCCUCUACUCAUGCUUCCUGCACGAGGAAAUGAGCGAAAACUUCAGAAGAACCGUCGGAUACUCACCAGGCGUCGCCAUGAAACUUCGUAUGGCUCUUGGAAAUGUUCAUAACGAGUUUUAUGGAGUUUGA